AAAAGAUAGACAGAUUCGUCAAAACUGAGAGUUGAGGGGUAAAAUGUUAAGCACUUGUGAUCCAGAGUUACCAGAAGAUGUCGUGAUUGAGAUACUCUCAAGGCUGCCUGUGAAAUCACUGUUACGAUUCAAGUGCGUCUGCAAGCAUUGGUACACACGUACAAAAAAGCCUAGUUUUAUUCGCGAGCACUUCAACCAGGAAAACAAUCAAGCCCGUCUCCUUGUUCAUCAUUACGAUUUCGACACUGAUACAUAUGUUGUUGCCUUGUUCCCUGACAAAACACUCAAGGGCAUGCCGUCUAUACAUGAAGAAAUUGACUAUCUACAUAUUCCCCCGGCUAUGGAAACUGGGAUUGGUUCCAUAGACGGCUUGUUUUUCCUUCACAAUGGCCUUGACGAUAACAUGGCUCUGUGGAACCCUGCUACUAGAGAGUUUAGGCUCCUACCUGCACCCCACUCCAUUUUACCACCAUAUUUCUCUACCAUUUGGCAUACAUUUGGAUAUGGGUUGGACAACUUGGCGAACAUUUACAAGUUUAUUUGGAUUCGUUCCUUUUGGGAUGAGCAAAUGGAUAACCCUUACCCUUCUUUUGUUGUUGCUAUAUAUACUCUAGGUAGUGAUUCAUGGAGAUAUCUCGACCCGCUUGAACUCCCUAACCGCGCCAUUCACAGUUCUCUGUGUGCCACAUAUGUGAAUGGAGCUUAUUACUGGCUGUCAUCUGAAAACGGUGAGAAUCAUAGUGUCCUUUCAUUAAAUAUGACCUCUGAGGUAUUUAGAGAGAUACAGGGACCUGAUCACCGUAAAAAAACUUGGGUGAAUCUUACUUUGUACAAUAAUGGUAUUGCUCUGUUUCUUUGUCAGACGGAUAUGGUUUUGCAGUUUAUUAUUGACAUAUGGGUGAUGAAGGAGGAAGGGUGUUGGACCAAACUCUUAAUUGUUAAACCUUUUCCAGAAAUCUUGCGACCGCUUGGGUUUUGGAAGAGUGAGGAUCUUUUGCUUGAAAGUGGCUGUUUAGAGCUGGUUUUGUACAACCACGACACUAAGGAAACUACGGGUCUAGGAAUUUAUGGAUUUUUCACAUAUUGUGGACUUUCGAUUUUUAGUUACAAGGAGAGCUUAGUUUCAGUCAAGGGACAAAAUGAGGACUAGAAGGAAUAUAUUUCGUAAUGGGUCAUGACUUCUCCAUUUCAACCCCCAGCAGCUGCGGAACAGCUCUAGUGUUGCCAGUUUAUAUCAAAUUGUUUAAAUUGCAUGCCUAUAUUUUUGUGCUGCAACAAUGGUUAAAAAGGAAAUAAGAAUUGUAUAACUAAAAGUGAAGCUGGAGGGGUACCAAAUUACCUUUCCGUAUGGUCCCUUGUUUGUGCAGCUUGUUCUGUGUUUACAUUGUCUCUCUUGUUUACCAUCUCUUUAAGCAUGGAAGCCUUUGGCUUCUUGUUCAAUUCCAAGUUUAACAGUUACAUGGUAUGUGUAAGGAAUGAUCUUUUG